AUGGGAUUUCUUCGGAAUCCCCUUGGUUUAUUCCAAGAUUUCCUAGCCAAUUGUUUCUAUCAAUAUGGAUUAAUCAUAUGCCGAAGUCCCCGUCUUUUCACACUAGGACCUCUCAUUCUCACCAUAAUCUUCUCAUUUGGAGUACUAAAUAUGCGAACUGAAGAUGAUUUGCGAUUCUUAUACUCCCCGGAACUUUCACUUUCUCGUGUUGAAUAUCAAGUCCACAAAGAUUUCAGUGGAGAUUCAAAAAAUAACUCAUUCGUCUCUAUCACCAUUCAAACUAAAUCAGAAGACAAGAAUUUGCUCAAAAAAGAUUUAGCACAAAAACUGAUUCAAUUGAACAAGUAUGUACUGGAAAAGAUGGAAAUACAGGUGGAUGGAAAAGUUAUCAAUUUUGGAAAAGAAGUUUGUUCGAGAAUGAAGCAAUGUGAACUCAGCAACACUAUUGCUACCAUUUUUCUUGACACAUUUUGGAGUGAAAAGCUCCGCAAAGACCCUCGAAUUAAAAUCGAAUACCCAACAAUGAAGUUCUUCGACAAUAAAUUCUUCCUGCCAACUCAUUUUUAUGGAGUAAAAACAGGCGGUCCAUUAGGAAUUCAAUACAUUGAUAUGGUUCAUUUUGUCUAUCAGAUUCCGGCAUACAAUGAGCACACUUCCGAGGAAAUGUCAAAAAUUUUCGAGCAAGCACUGACUGCUGUACUAGAUAAUCAAGACGCUUUCGAUACUUCUAUGUUCAGUUUGUCUAUUUUGAAGGACGAAAUGCAAAAAAACGCAACAUACACAAUGCCUUUCAUUUCACUCACUGUACUUCUUCUACUUUGUUUUACUGUAGCUUCAUGCAUGACCGACAACUGGGUAACAUCAAAACCAAUCGAGGCUAUGAUCGGAAUUCUUGUAUCAUCAAUGGCUAUUGUGUCAGCUUUCGGCUUACUUUUUGCUCUGGGAGUUCCUUUUAUAAAUCAGGUUACUGUAAUGCCUUUCAUUGCGCUGGCCAUUGGAGUAGACGAUGUUUAUGUUAUGUUGGGAGCCUGGCAAGAUACAAAGAAAACGUUUUCACCUGAAAAGCGAAUGGCGUUGGCAUUAGCAGAAGCUGGAAGUGCUAUCACAGUGACUUCAAUUACAUCGGUUCUUUCUUUCGGAAUUGGUACUUAUUCAACAACUCCAGCCAUCGCAAUUUUCUGCAAAUUUAUCUGUGUUGCUAUCAUGUUUGAUUGGUUUUAUCAAUUGACUUUCUUUGCUGCAGUCAUGGCAAUGGGUGCAAAAAGAGAAGCAGCUGGAUAUCAUUGUGUUUAUGUGUGGAAACGGUGUGACAGAGCGGAAAUCGAGAAAGGAAAGAGUGAACAGGCGAUAUCUCCCACGAGAUACUUCUUCGAGAACAUUUUUGCACCGUUUAUAUGUCGUCCUUCUGUCAGAAUUGUUAUGCUGAUAUUGUAUGUAGUCUACAUCGCUGUUUCAUUCUAUGGAUGCUCACAACUAAUACCUAAUUUAACACCAUCCCGUCUGGUUGUAGAUGACUCUCCAUUGAUUCCAUAUCUCCAUCUGGCUGAAAAGAAGAUCUGGGCAGAAGGAUUGAUUGGAAGAAUAUACGUGAACAACGCUCCGGAUUUCAGCAAAAAUCCUGAGAAGGUCGAGAGGAUGCUUCAAAUGGUGCAUGAACUAGAAUCAACUCCAUAUUCCAUGGGUCCAAACUCAACCAAUUUUUGGCUUUCUGAGUUUAACAAUUAUCGCCAAUUUUUCUUCCAGGAUGAUUCUAACCAUUGGGAUACUGAUCUGGUUUGGGAUACGCCCGAUAAAAAUUCUAAAGGAGGUACCAAAGUUGAGAAGUUCGUAUUCACAACAGCAUUCAAAAUAUCCGACUGGAAUGUCAGAACAUCACUUCUUCUGACUUGGAGAAAUAUUACAUCAAAAUAUCCAGAAUUCGAAGCUCUUGUCUUUGAUGAAAACAACUUUUAUAGUGACCAAAUGUUGGAAUUGCAAUCAACAAUUCUAUCAUCUCUCGGAACAGCUAUCUUGACUUUGAUCACUGUCUGCAUUCUGUUUAUUGCUGAGUCUUCAAUUGUUUUCUGGGUUGUUUGUACUCUGAUUUCUAUGGAUAUUGGAACGGCCGGAUUCCUCUCUUUGUGGGGAGCUGACUUGGAUCCAACUACUGUUGUCAAUAUUUUGAUGUCAAUUGGACAAUGUAUCGACUUUGCAACCCACGUCGGUUAUAGAAUUUACCGUUCUGAGCACUCUGACCCUGAUGAAAGGAUAAAAGAUGCAAUGGGUGCAAUCGGGUGGCCAGUCGUCCAGGCUGGGUCAUCUACACUUCUUGCGAUUGUUGUCAUGUUAAUGGUCCCAUCAUCUGCAGUUCGAAUGUUUGCUCGAACGAGUGUACUUGUUGUUGCUACCGGUUUCUUCCACGGACUUAUCAUUCUCCCAAUAAUCAUAAGGUCCUUCGCAACUAAUGCCAAGGCACAUGUUCCCACUCAUCCUCACUGA